UAAAAGAGAAAAAAGAGUUGAGCUGAAUUAACAUUCUUCUUCUUACUCUCACCCACCCAUCCCCAUUUCCUCUCUUGAUGAUACCAUUUGCAGUAGUACUAAUCUCUCUUUCUUCAUCUUCUUCCUCAAACCUCAAUUUCAAUCCAGACGAUUGACCGCACUUUCCCCUUUCUCUCCGUUACUCCAUCUCCCGUCUCUUCGCUUCAGACUUCAGAAUUCGGAUUCAAAUUAUGUCACAAGGAUUUGCAAUCGAGCUUUACUUCGAUCCAGCUCUAGAGAAUCAGGUAUUGAAAUCAUGGAACGUAUUGGCUCGUCGUCAAAUCAGUACUCAACUAAUCGAGAUUUCAUCUAGGCCACACAUCACGCUGUUUUCAACUCCCUACGUUGAGCCUUCAAAGCUUAUAAACGUUGUGAAAUCUCUAGCUAACAAGGAAUCAAUUUCAAUUUCUUUCUCGUCAAUUGGUAGUCUUCCAAAUGAUAACAAUGUUCUCUUUAUUGCACCAACUCCAACUACUGCUUUGCUUCAGUUUCAUUCUCAGCUGUUUGAAGCUCUUAAGAAGGAAGGUGUUGAAAUUGGUGAUGAGUAUCAUCCUGAUUCUUGGAUACCUUAUUGUUCUGUUGCUGAAGAAUUGCCUAAAGGUCGAAUGGCUGAAGCUUUCACUGUUCUGCGAGAUCUUAAGUUGCCUGUUACCGGUUUCGCUACUGAUAUUGGUGUUCUUCAGUUUUCGCCCGUUAAUGAACUCUUUUCGGUUGCACUAGGUAGCAAUAUUGAAGCAUGAAAUCGCACUUUUAUUUGUUCUCAUUUAUGACAGUUUGAUUGGGGUAGCAUUAUAAAGAACUUUGCUUUCAUUGCUGAUUUAAACUGCUUCUUCUUAU